AUGCCUGCCUCACCAGAAGAAUCGGCAUCUAUUUCGCAAGAACGCGCCAGUGGCUCACCUAGCCCUGCUCCGUCGGGCCUUGAGACGGAAGCCAAGCAUGACAUCGACAGCCAGAAAGACGAGGAAAAGGACGAAGAAACCCAACCAACUGAAGAACCGAAAACGGACGCGUCCAAGUCGCAACCCAAUGAACCUGAGCAAGAUGAACUGACAUCUGCACCACCACUCCCCGCUGAAGUCCCACCACCACUUCCCGCCGAGGCUCCGCCCGCACAGGUCGAGGACGAUGGAUGGGAACCUGCAUGGGACGCCACCGCAGGAGCAUAUUACUUUUACAACCGCUUCACUGGAGUUUCCCAGUGGGAAAACCCCCGUGUGCCAGAGAUCCCAGCAGCACCCGGCACAGAAGACAGCCACCGAAGUACAGCUUCAAAAAAGGAACCAGUCCUCGGUGGCUAUAAUCCCGCGAUACACGGCAACUAUGACCCCACCGCACCGUAUGCGCAAUACCACGAAGAGCCAACAGAGCCCGCGAACGCAGUCGGGUUCGAUCCCUCCGCAGCAUAUGCAGCUACCGGCACAUUCAACCGCUUCACUGGACGAUGGCAAGCUGCAACGAUCAAUCCGGAUAAUCACAAUGAUGAGAACAAGUCUCGACGACAGAUGAACGCUUUCUUCGACGUUGAUGCCGCGGCAAAUAGCCAUGAUGGCCGGAGUUUGCGCGCAGAGCGCAGCGCUAAGAAAUUGACGAAGCAAGAAUUGAAGCAGUUCAAGGAGAAGCGUCGCGAGAAGAAGGAGGAGAAGAGGCGGGCUUGGCUCAGGGAUUAG